AGUAACUGGGAUUACAGGCACCCACCACCAUGCCUGGCAAAUUUUUGUAUUUUUAGUAGAGACGGGGUUUCACCAUGUUGGCCAGUCUGGUCUCGAACUCCCUGACCUCAGGUGAUCCACCCGCCUUGGCCUCCUAAAGUGUUGGGAUUACAGGUGUGAGCCACCUCGCCCGGCCCCUAACUACUUUCUAUGCCCAAUCCCAAGUCUAGCCACAAGGACUGCAAGUCCUAGUGCUGAGCUGGGCCCGGAGACAGUAGACUGUGGGGAGCACAGGACCUACUGAGACACCAGUCUGGGCAGCUCAGGGAGUGCUGGCAUCACCCCUUCCCUAAUCCCAGGCUGCAUGGCUAACGGUUCCUAUCUGCAGUCCCAGCCUUCCACUUCCGAGUUCUUCUCUCAGACCACAGUCCCAGCAACCCAGAAUUUGGAUUGGAGUCUGGAAGAAAUGCAGAAGGAUUAAACGACCACCUUUCCAUUAGAAGGCCCCAUCCCUUAAUCUUCACGGGUGUGCCCAAGCUCCCCUCCCAGUUCCCCCAGCGACGGCCACUUCCUGGUCCCCGACGCAACCAUGGCUGAAGAACAACCGCAGGUCGAAUUGUUCGUGAAGGCUGGCAGUGAUGGGGCCAAGAUUGGGAACUGCCCGUUCUCCCAGAGACUGUUCAUGGUACUGUGGCUCAAGGGAGUCACCUUCAAUGUUACCACCGUUGACACCAAAAGGCGGACCGAGACAGUGCAGAAGCUGUGCCCAGGGGGGCAGCUCCCAUUCCUGCUGUAUGGCACUGAAGUGCACACAGACACCAACAAGAUUGAGGAAUUUCUGGAGGCAGUGCUGUGCCCUCCCAGGUACCCCAAGCUGGCAGCUCUGAACCCUGAGUCCAACACAGCUGGGCUGGACAUAUUUGCCAAAUUUUCUGCCUACAUCAAGAAUUCAAACCCAGCACUCAAUGAUAAUCUGGAGAAGGGACUCCUGAAAGCCCUGAAGGUUUUAGACAAUUACUUAACAUCCGCCCUCCCAGAAGAAGUGGAUGAAACCAGUGCUGAAGAUGAAGGUGUCUCUCAGAGGAAGUUUCUGGAUGGCAACGAGCUCACCCUGGCUGACUGCAACCUGUUGCCAAAGUUACACAUAGUACAGGUGGUGUGUAAGAAGUACCGGGGAUUCACCAUCCCCGAGGCCUUCCGGGGAGUGCAUCGGUACUUGAGCAAUGCCUAUGCCCGGGAAGAAUUCGCUUCCACCUGUCCAGAUGAUGAGGAGAUCGAGCUCGCCUACGAGCAAGUGGCCAAGGCCCUCAAAUAAGCCCCUCCUGGGACUCCCUCAACCCCCUCCAUUUUCUCCACAAAGGCCCUGGUGGUUUCCACAUUGCUACCCAACGGACACACUCCAAAAUGGCCAGUGGGAAGGGAAUCCUGGAGCGCUUGUUCCGGGAUGGUGUGGUGGAAGAGGGGAUGAGGGAAAGAAAUGGGGGGCCUGGGUCAUAUUUUUAUUGUGGGGUGGGAUGGGUAGGACAACAUAUUUCAGUAAUAAAAUACAGAAUAAAAAUCAAGUGUUUUUACGCAA